CAGAAAAAUGGAUGGGGACUGUUGGGUAAAAAUUUGCGUGCUUGUGUUGAGAACAAAAUCAAAAUCGAUUCACCAAGUUGGCUGUAAUUGUAGUGAUGUACUAUCUCCUCGUCUCAUCACAGCAGUCGAAGGAGUUCGAUCAGUAGAGAAAGCUUCACUAAGUCGUUCUUCCUCAUCUUCAUCUUUACUGAUAUUCGCGGAAGAACGCACGGCAAAAAACAUGUCUCUCUCUCUCUCCUGACGGUGGCGCUCCGUCUGACCUCGUGUCUCCAGCAGUCGAGGCUGGCGCCGGCAUGAGCAUUAUGGCGCUGCCUACGACACUGAAGAACAAGAUCGCAGGUGGCGGACCGCGGCGUCCGUCGGAAAUCGAACGCGAGCAGGCGGAAGGUCGUGCACCAUCGACAGAGCAGGCCAGUGAGGAUGGAUCGUCUGCGCUGUCACCUGUCGAAAACGCGUCACAUGGGACCGUCGAUCUUGCGUUAAGAACGUGAAGAUACAUAGAGGUGUUGUGCAAGGAAAUAUACCUAAUUCUCGCCCACAUCAUACCACUAGACCUUUCGUGCCAGGAUGCGCGUGCGCGUGGAUUUCUAGGUGUUUAGUACAAAGAGGACACAUGAACAUAUUAUGUUGUACUAGAGAUUCUUGUUGUUGUUCUAGUGCUUCUUGUUCAUCAACCCCCAUAUCAUGCACAUCUCUAAGAAAAGAAGUCGCUUUGGGCUCGCUACCGAGCAAGGGCCUACCAGCUGGGGCACCCUCGUCUCCGCUGCAAGACCUCCUUUCACAGGCGAUCGACCUGCUUCGCGGCUCCGAUAUGCACUUUAUUCAGGUACUAAAAAUUGGAAUUUGUUUUGCUGUUUGAGUGUGGUUCUUUGUAGUUCGUUGUCGAAAAUGAAAGCAACAACAUAAUAUUUUGAUCGAGAAAGUGAAGAAAGGGAAACUUCAAUUUGAGAAGAUGAAUCAGAUUUUGAUAUCAAACCUUCUUCAGGCAGUUCACUUCACCAUUGCCGUCACUUUCACGUUUAUCGGCGCUUGUGUCUUUGCCGGGAGCCGCGACGAGACGAAGAGUGCGGCCGCGGCUGUGAAGUACACUGCGAUGUCGGACUCCUUGCUCAUCUUGAUGGAUCGUCCAAGUGGCGUCCAAUGCCUCCUGUUGUGUGCGUGUUUUUGA